AUGGGCACUGCCGCGUUGUCCCGUGGUGCAGUGAGGCUCGCUUGCCCGCCCCGCGUUCUGGCGAGACGGCUUUUCGUGUCCAAAGUUCGCCCUGCUCUAACAGCCAAGGAUAUGUUCGAUUUCCUCGCGUCAUCCGACAUCCGUGCCUCUCUGAUUGAACAGAUUAAACCGCGAGUUGAUCACUACUCCUCAUUCUGUGUGCACGUCCAUCCUGAUGACUUCGCUGCUGUGUCCUCACCUGAUCUUUGGGAGGAAUCGAUCGUAUUCAGAGAGUUCCUCGGCUCUGUACGCCACCCCAUCGACCGCUAUGAGCACACCUUGGCGGACCAGGAUAAGGUUUCGGCAACAGAUCAGGGCCCAACCACGGAG